UCGGAUGUUGAUUGUAAAGUUCUCUUUUUUCAGGCGCAAAUCGGGCAGCUAUUACACCGUACCUUUGCGACGAUCGAGGUCCUCGAACAAUAACAUAACACAACAAUCUGUAUGCUUUUGUACAGCUAGCAACCGAGUAUAUGAAUAAUGAACUGAAGAAUGGUGACGUUGUAAUUUAGCUCUAAACAAACGGAGGUGCGGGUAGGUUUGAUUUGCGUAGGUUUGAUUCAUUGCGUGGGGUAAUCAGGUUCGCCCACUCAUCGCUGUGACAUCGCCGGUUAAAUUAAAAUUUUUGAGGACCCGCAGGCCAGAAACGGACAGACCCGGGCCUGCCGAAGUUGAACAAACUAGUCGGGAUCUGCGCGAGUGGGGAAAAGAGAGAGUCCUUUCCCCAUGGAGCGAAUAAACCGGAGAUAAGAAAAUAAAACAUAUUUUUACUCGACCGUUAACAGAUUACCAGAGGCUCAUGGGAGACACGGACGUGGCGCUGCCCCCUGCCCGGAUGGCGGAGCUCCAGCGAAGCCCCUCCUCGGCCUCCGCCUCUUCCUCCUUCUCCACCUCCUCCUCCUCCUCCUCGGGCUCGGCCUGCACCUCCUCCUGCCCUUCCUCCCCCUCCACCUCCUGCUCCUCCUCCUCGGUGCACCUCCCCCCUCCCGGCAGCCCCGGCGCCAGCUCCUCCAGCAGCCUGAGCGGGGCGGAGGGCGCGGCCGCGCUGGGCGUGAUUUCGGAGGGGGACGCGGGGAUCCUCAUCGACCCCGAGGUGGCCAAGGCGGCCUGCCGGGAGGUCCUGGAGAAGGUCAUGCUCCGCGAGGGGGAGGAGCCUGCGCCCGGCCUGCCCAACGGCCACGCCCACCACCACGACGACGUGGGCGUGGCCGGGAUGCCUCCGCGAAUCCGGGAGGAGGACGAGGACGAGGGGGCGGGGCCAGGGCCGGGGCGGGGCGUCCGGCAGCAGAGGGACUCCGCCGCGGCGAAGCAGUCCUGGCUCCUGCGGCUCUUCGAGUCGAAGCUCUUCGACGUCUCCAUGGCGAUGUCCUACCUGUACAAGUCCAAGGAGCCGGGCGUGCAGGCGUACAUCGGCAACCGGCUGUUCAGCUUCGGCGACGGCGAGGUGGACUUCUACCUGCCGCAGCUGCUCAGCAUGUACGUGCACAUGGACGAGGACGUGGGCGACGCCAUCCGGCCGUACGUGGUGCACCGCUGCCGGCAGGGCGUGGCCUUCUCGCUGCAGUGCGCCUGGCUGCUGGGGGCGUACUCCUCCGACAUGCACAUCUCCACGCAGCGGCACUCCCGCGGCACACGCCUGCGCCGCCUCAUCCUGAGCGAGGAGCUGAAGCCCCCCGCCCCGCCCGAGCCCGGCCUGUCCCCCUCCAAGCGCACGCACCAGCGCUCCAAGUCUGACGCCGCCGCCAGCGUCAGCCUGGCCAGCGGCCUCAAGAGGACCGCCAGCAACCCCAAGGUGGAGAGCAGCCCGGACGAGGAGUUGAGUGACAGCGGGGAGAGCCUCGAGUCUGAGAGUGGUGCACCGGUGCGUCUGGCUCCCCAGAGGGAGUUUGUGAAGUCCCUGAUGGGCAUCGGGAAGCGCCUGGCCACCCUGCCCACCAAGGAGCAGAAGACCCAGCGGCUGAUCUCUGAGCUCUCCCUGCUCAACCACAAGCUGCCCUCCCGCGUCUGGCUGCCCACCGCCGCCUUCCACCACCACGUCGUGAGGGUCCCCCACACCCAGGGCGUGGUGCUCAACUCCAAGGACAAGGCCCCGUACCUGAUCUACGUGGAGGUUCUGGAGUGCGAGAGCUUCGAGUCGUCCAGCGUCCCGGCCCGCAUCCCGGAGACACGCAUCCGCUGCACGCGCUCUGCGGAGAACCUUCCGGACUGCGGCGUCACGGCCGAGCAGCGGGCCGGCGGCUUCUCCACCGUGCCCAACUACGACAACGACGACGAGGCCUGGUCCGUGGACGACAUCGGGGAGCUGCAGGUGGAGCUCCCAGAGAUCCACACCAGCAGCAGUGACAACAUCUCCCAGUUCUCCGUGGACAGCGUCACCAGCCUCGAGAGCAAGGAGCCCGUCUUCAUCGCCGCCGGCGACAUCAGGAGGCGUCUCUCGGAGAACCUGGCUCACACCCCCCUCAUCUGCUACCUGCUGCAGGUCAAAGACCGGCACAACGGGAACAUCCUGCUGGACUCCGAAGGCCACAUCCUGCACAUCGACUUCGGCUUCAUCCUGUCCAGCUCCCCGCGCAACCUGGGCUUCGAGACGUCCGCCUUCAAGCUCACCAGCGAGUUCGUGGACGUGAUGGGGGGGUUGGAUGGGGACAUGUUUAACUACUAUAAGAUGCUGAUGCUUCAGGGUCUGAUCGCAGCACGGAAGCACAUGGAGAAGGUCGUGCAAAUCGUGGAGAUCAUGCAGCAAGGUUCCCACCUGCCCUGUUUCCAUGGCUCCAGCACCAUCCGGAACCUGAAGGAGCGUUUCCAUAUGAACCACACAGAGGAGCAGCUGCAGGUUCUGGUGGACCAGAUGGUGGAUGGGUCCAUGCGCUCCCUCACUACCAAGCUGUACGACGGCUACCAGUACAUCACCAACGGCAUCCUGUGAACACACACACACACACACACACACACACACACACACACACAACCAAUGGCAUCCUGUGAAAACACACACACACACACACACACACACACGCAUACCGUCUCCAGACGUGAUCAGACUGCAAGAGGCCACGCCUCCUCACUUCACCGCCUGUCACUGUGUGUGAAGCCCCUCCCACUACUCUGAGUGAUGUAAUUAGGCCCCUCCCCCCCACGGACCCUCGGCCAGUCGGCUGCUCGCUGUACAGGACAUUAUAAAGCGGCUGAUUGGCUGAGCCAUCGCGCCCGGAUGUGACAGGGCGCUCUCCCCUCCUCUCUGCUCUUCCGUCACGCACCACUAUAAGCGAAAACUAUCCCUUCUUUUUUUUUAAUUUUUUUUUUUAUCCCUUUUCAUUUUUUAUAUACACUCGUUUACCUCGUUUGCACCCGCCCCCUCUGCCCACACUGCAGCAGCUCGGGGGGGGGGGAGUAUGGGACCCCGCCCACCAGGAAGGACGAGAGACCAAUCGGACACAGGUUACCCCUGAAGGUCGCCCGAUGUCGGGGACGAGACCCCCCGAGACCCUCGGGUCGAGAAUGGAGGACUCCGCACUAACACUAACGUCUCCCUGGCGAAACUACACGACUGACCACAGCUCUGUCCAAAGCCAGGAGGCGUCGCCUGUUCCCCGAAAGGGCAGGAGUGGCUGAAUGAAGUACUCUUUUAGUUUCAACAGUAAGGGAUUUUUUUGAAAGUCCCAUCUUAUCACUGAAACAGUAUUUUUGGCAGCCGUUCGCGUUGUGAACGGUCGUCCACAGAAUGUGGUUUUAAUGUACGGAACGGAGCGGUGUUCUCAUAUUAAAGAAGGUUUUUUUGUUUUUGUUUUUUUUCAAGCAUACAGCUGUGGCAGUUUUGGCCUGCGUGUGUGCGCUUCAGUUACAGGGCGAUAAGUCAAUUAGCUGCUUGCCUUUUAAGUCUCCGGCCUUGUUGGCGUGAAGCCUGGAAGCCCAGUGUAGAGCAUGCCUUGGCGACUGAAGCUCUCACCUGCGGUGGCCUCUCGCCUCCCCCACCCUCCCUGCCAAUUCGGAGACUCCUGGAGGUGGCACCACAGAUGUUCUAGAAUAACCAGAUGGUCGAGAGCCAGGACAUGGCCAUCUGGCAGUCCCGGGAUGUCCGCGGUUGGUCUCUGAGGGCUGACGGUUUUCGGAAGUCGUUCACCCUACGCCUGCCAUGGGCCGAGUGAACGCAGAUUUUCAUUCCAACCGAUCGCUACACCCGCUAAUUUCACUGAUUAGUUACCUCCUCGCUGUUGAAGGCAUGUUAGUUGGCGAAAUCAGCUGGUGUAGUGAUUGGUUCGAAUGAAAACCUGCAUACUCUCGGCCCUCCGUGAUUGGACACCGCUGGGCUCCCUGAGAGCAGAUAGGAGACAAUCCCUUCUGAUAAUCACAUGAGGGAGGGUACUUAUAACACCUGUAACUUUGUUUUGUCAUACUAACACCCCUCCCCUUCUCCCAAAAUUACACUUUGUCUGUGAUGGAGGGGUGCGAAAACACACCGAGAAACGCGUCAUUUCAAGCCGAACCUGUUCCCCGGAAGGGCUUAAACGGUCACUUGCUCACCUCCCGAACUGAACCGUUUACGGGGACCGUUACAGAUCUGCGCACCGAAUUUGAGCGAGCUAACGCCUUUAUAACUCCCUGAUGAAAUGCGGACAACCUUGGGACAUUAAACACGUUUUUUUUUAUACGCUUUUGUUAAGUCGACGGAAACGGGAAUGCGGAAUCUCGACGUUGACGUUUUGAAGCCACUAAAAUGAGGACUGUUAUGAAGUUGUCAGAAGUGCAGGACACGCAGUCUGCCUGUGAAAACGUUCUAAAGUUCCCUAAUACUUGAAAAAGGGUUAUGUAGCUGUGGAUUUUAGUAAAAAAAACUGAGGCCGGCCAGCGAGCAACAACUAUAACAAGCAAAAAAAAAAAAAAAAAAAAAAACUGGCCCUGGCAUUUGGAUGGCUGUAUCCUUUUUCCAAUUUUCUUUGAAAUGUGGACUUUAAGCGUCUUUCCCUAUCGUUUCAUUCGGUUUUUUUUUUCUCUUCAGUUUGGAGAAUGGGAAAGGACGAUGAUUCGUAAAACUUUGUCCGUCGCCUUUUUCGACCCCUGGAUAGCGCUCGCACGGAAGCGCUCUCCUUUUCUGUCCGUCUUAUGUUUUUUUUUGUCUCGCGAAUGGAACUGUUAUAAUUCGCUCGUGCGCUCUCCUCGUGGGUAUUUCACUCCGAACUCACCGGAGGCCUGCGUUCCGCGCGCAGCCCCCGUCUCCGCGAGCUAAAAAACUGGGAUCGCAACCGUCGUCCUGCGUCUUCUGAGGCCGGUUAAAAGCCUUAGCGGAUGUGCCCCUCUACAUUUCCCUUUAUUUUUAAACGAAAAGGACAUUUGUACGCCCUGGGAACUGUUAUUUUACACAAUUGAAAAUCACUACGCCUGAGGAUUUUUUCGAUGACGUUUCCACUCGCACUUGAAUUUCAGCGGGGAUUUUCUUUUUGCGCUGUCGCCGCUGCGCUUCCUGGAAAAUGGACUAAGUUUAUCUCGCAACAAAAAAACGCCCCCGUAUUUAAAGUGUGGCGGCUGAUAUGGUCUUUCACAUUUCUGUUCUGAAUGUGUGACAUCUGGAAAAGUUGUUUUUAAUUUGUAACAUCUGAACUGGGUCAUUUGUUUUGAGCAGUUUUAUUUCAUUCUGUUUAAAAUCGUGGGUGUAUUAUGCGGUUUUAUUACGAGCGGUGGAGGGGGAUAGCGAAGUGUGUUAACAGGCCCCCCACCCGAGAAACGCUAACUGUUCGACAUAACGUGUCAUCUAUGACUCACUGAGCCAAUCGCAGAGGUCUGCUGUGGAGAGCAGCCUUUCUAAUUGGUCCUCACAAGUCGGUGACUGACUGCACAUGGUAGCUAGCUUCUAUUGAGUGUACAAGUUGAAUGCAACUUGCCUGCUAUUGAGUGUGCAAGUUGUAUACACUCUUAUGCAGUCAAUAGUAGGCAAGUGCAGUGAUGCGGAGGUUGUAAAGUGUGGCUGGACCAAGUCUGGUCGAGAGGACCAUGUUGAUGAGAUGGAUAAGGAGCUAGAACAUGUUCUAUUUGAGAAGCUUUGUAUUUUAAGAUACAGUCUUAUUACCUUCAGGGUACAAAACAUGAACUUGGAAUGCAACCAGUGAACUUAAAUUUUUUCCCUUGUUUUUUCAUUGCUUAAAGCAUGGUUGGUUCCGAUUGGCUCGGAAAGCCAGUGGGAGGACCUGUGGACCAAUCAAAUGGUUUGAUUUAUUUAAAUGGCAACGGAAAUGCUCCCUCACUUACUUACCUCAAGGGCAGAUACUGUUAAUAGUGUGAGAUUGCCCGUUUUCUUUUCUUUUUUUUAAAAAUCCUGCAUAUUUCUGUUUUUUUUUGUUUUUACGUCUCUUUUUUAACUGCUAUGUGAAGGACCAGCUCUCUCCCCUGUCAGCAGAGCUCUCUCUACUUGUGAAUGUUUUAUUUGUAUAAUAAAUUUAACUCUACUCGU